AGCCGGACCAUGGAGAAGCUGCGGCGGGUCCUGAGCGGCCAGGAAGACGAGGAGCAAGGCCUGACCUCGCAGGAUUCACAGAUUAAUCUACUCAGAAUUUGCUGGACACACAGGAACAUCGUUCGUUGCUCUGGAAUAAAUUAUCGUCUCAAAACUGCGUUUUAGUAAUGGAGGUCCUGGACGCCUCAUCCCUGAGUUUCAGCACCCGGCUGAAGUGGUUUGGCAUCUGCUUUGUGAGCGGCGUCUUCUUCUCCAUCCUCGGAACUGGAUUGCUGUGGCUUCCUGGUGGCAUAAAGCUUUUCGCAGUGUUUUACACCCUUGGAAAUAUUGCUGCGUUAUCCAGCACGUGCUUCUUAAUGGGACCCGUGAAGCAGCUGAAGAAGAUGUUUGAAACAACGAGAUUGCUUGCAACAAUUAUCAUGCUUUUGUGUUUGGUGUUUACCUUGUGCGCUGCUCUCUGGUGGCACAAGAAGGGGCUGGCCUUAUUAUUCUGCAUAUUGCAGUUUUUGUCGAUGACCUGGUAUAGCCUGUCAUACAUCCCGUAUGCAAGGGACGCAGUGAUUAAAUGCUGUUCUUCUCUCAUAAGUUGAAAAUCAGAAACUCUUCAAAAAGAGCAUUUGAAAAUUGAUGUUCUGUUUUUGGUGAAGUACGUUUUUCCUGAUACGGUAAUCACUCCAGAAACCACUGACACAAACCAGCGACAGCUGAAGACCGUUUUGUGUACUGGGAGAACUACAUGCUUGAUUAAAAUGUUAAACGCUUGUAAUGUGAAAUUCACUAUAUGUCAUUAAUAUGCUCUCCCAAAGAGGAGGAGAUUUUAAUCAUUGCCAGUUGUAAAUGCUUAGCCAAUUUUAAAAUCUUUUCUAAACAGCAUUUGAGAUGUGAAUAUUUAAGGAUAAACCCGUGCUGCAAGAUAUAUUCAACUUUUUGGGCUCUUUUUAAAUGUCUAGAUAUUUUAAGUGUCUUUUUUUAAAAAAAGUUAAAUGUGAAAAAUUUUACUUUAAAAGUUG